AGGCUAACGCAUACUCUUUGCACAUUCUAUGACCCCAAGUGGAGUCGACGUAGCCAUGCUAUGCUAUGCGCUCCAAUCGUUUUGAUUCAGAAGUAAACCCAAGGAGGAAAUCUCCAUGAUAGAUUCUAGAUUCUAGAUUCUGGAAAAGAAAAACAUGAAUUGAUGUAUCUGUAUGGCUGAAUUGAUUUAUCUGAUGGCUGAAUUGAUUUAUCUGUAUGGCUAAAUUGAUAUGGUCUACGCGUCCUUGCAUUCUGGGUGGUCAGUUCAGUAUUUCUAUAAUAUGAUGUCCUGCCCCGACAAGAUGAAGAAGUUUCUAUCCAGUCACCCAGCACGACUCUUUCGAUUUCCUCCUACUCAUCAUGUAUUUCUCCAAAGCCCUCUUCCUACUUUCCCCUCUCCUCACAUCUACCUUCGCAUCACCAAUCGAAGAACGAGCUUCAUGGCCCUACGCUCCCUUCACCACAACCGGUCGAUGGAUUCUUGAUUCCGCCGGUCACAAUGUCACUUAUGCUGGCGCCAAUUGGCCUGGUGCUGCAGACACCAUGUUACCUGAAGGACUACAAUAUCAAUCAAUUGCUACUAUAGUGUCGAAGAUCAAAAGUCUAGGCAUGAACGUUAUUCGUCUUACAUAUCCCAUCGAGAUGAUUGAUGAUUAUUAUGCGAACGGGAAUGUGGAUGUACCGAUUUUGAAAAGCUUGCAGACUGCUUUGGGGACGACUAAUGGUACUACUAUUUACAAUCAAAUCAUUAAGAAUAACCCUACGUUUUCGAGUAAGACUACUAGAUUGCAGGUAUGUGGUUAUUUGAUGAUUGAAUGUUGAGGAGAUUGCUGAUUUGAUUCGUGAGUAUAGGUCUUUGAUGCUGUUGCUGCUGAGUGCUUCAAGCAGCAAAUUUAUGUGCAUCUUGAUAAUCAUGUCUCAAAGGCUGAAUGGUGUUGCUCUAAUACUGAUGGUAACUCUUGGUUUGGAGAUACUUAUUUCAAUGUUACCAAUUGGCAACGAGGUCUUGCAUACAUGGCUACUCGAGUAAGUCAUUUUCAUUCUGGAGCCAUUCACACAAUCACAUCACAUGAUUUCACAAUAUCAUUACUUCUAUCCAUAAGAAACUCUCUAACAUAAUCAGGGUGCCUCCUGGGGAAAUCUAAUGUCCAUGUCACUCCGUAACGAACUCCGUGAACCAAAAUCCAACCCCACUCUCGAUUCCUCCUCAUACAACUGGGAAAACUGGUACGCAAACGUCGUACCCGGGAUGAACAGUAUCCACAACGCCAACCCGAACGUCCUAAUAUUCCUCUCUGGACUAAACUUCGACGUAGAUUUAUCACCUAUCCCCAACGCAGGCCUCUUAACACCAUCGACCACUCAAAAAUUCCUCAAAUCAUCUUUUUCAUUCGCCAACAAGUUGGUUCUAGAACUUCACAACUAUGCCUCCUCGACAAGCAGUUGUUCGAGUUUGGAAAGUAGUUUACGAAAUUCUGGGUAUAAUGCUUUGGGUGAUGGAGCUACCAAUCAAAUGCCUGUCGUUUUGACAGAAUGGGGUCAUGCGCAGACGGCUUCUGAUUACGCUACUGUUUAUUCGACUUGUUUGAAGACUUAUUUGACUUCGAUUAAGGGUGGUUGGAUGGUUUGGGUUUUGAGUGGUAGUUAUUAUAUUAGAUCUGGUUCUCAGGAUCUUGAUGAGUCAUGGGGUAAGUUUUUUUUCUUUACUGUUGGCUGUGAUGGAUGAAUUCUUUAGGAUUCUUCUUCUCCCCCCCUUGUGGACAUGGACUAACAAAUUAUGUAUAGGACUACUUACUCAUGAUUGGUCCGCGUGGAGAGACCCAACUGAUAUAACGAAUGCAAUUAUACCAAUGGUUAGCGGGACAAAAAUUUGGUCACCAUAAGUGUUUUUUCGAUGAUAGUAUAAGGCAUUAAUAUGCCUAAAAUGUAUCAGUCAUUCAAUAGAAUGAUAAAACUCAUAUUCUGAAAUGGAUUUUGAACCUUAUCUUGCAAUAUCUACACUUUGUCCCUACACUUU